AUGACCACCAACGAAAACCCUCCACGCCUCCACGACUGCAGGUGCUGCAAUCGUCUGAUGAUGGAUAUGUGCUUCAGACUCCUCCAAGCAAACGUCCCCCAACAAGCCCUCAUAACCCCAGAAGGCACAACAGCAGCCGCAUUCCAAUUCCGGAGCUACACACCCCUAGUCCACGAUAUCCCGACGGAGGCCUUCGGACUUGCAAUCCACGCCGCAAUCCAGGGCUUCAUUACCACGACAACUGGGAUCCAAACUCCAAUGUACGUGAGCAUUUCGCGACGCCCACCGGGGUGGGAAUACACUACUGGCCUCACACUGGUUAUUGGGGUGCUGGCAGACUUCCCCGCCGGCGUCUCUGUCUCCCCGGAGGUGCUGAGCCAUAUCGCGGUGAAUCUUCCCAUAUUUGGCGGCGGGGAGUGGAGAUGGGCUAUGAGGCCUCAUGAUAUUUUCCCGGUGAUGUGGCGGUUGCAGUGGUUUGAGGAGAUUGUUAAAGACCCCUGGUGUCCGGGUGUAUGGAGUACGCUUGCUAUGAUGACCCAGGGGACGCAUUCGGUGUUGGAUUUGCCUUCAGCUGUUUAA